AUGGAGUUCACGAUUCGGUUUAGGGUGCCGGCCACUUUGCUUAGAAACACUUGUAGCAAUGGCGACGCCACUUCCUUACCCAGCGGCAUCAAUACCAGCAGCAUUACCACCACAAGCAACAGUAGCGGUAGUACCAAUACGCAGCCAGUAGCGUCUUCCCACGUGGAUUAUCCCGUGUCCGUUGAUCCGCAGGAGCCACUCCAAUCGGCGUUCAACAGGCUGUUCCAAUCCCACCUGCGGCACUGCUGCCUGCCGAGUCAGCAGACACGUCAGCAGCAGGAUGACGUGGAUAAGGCCGACCAAAAGGAUCCGACAGAAGAAGAGAAGCAGGCUGUUCGGUUUAUGGCUGUCGGGCAAGUGGUGUACCUAUCGCCUGAAGCAUCACCGGAAAAGGUCAAGCUUAAAGCGGGUAGCGUGGUCAAAGCGCUUCCGGUAAGAUCGAGGGAGGCGGGGGGAAAGGGAAAACCAGAUUCGGGAGUUACCGCCACGGGUAGCAGCAGCAGCAGAGUUGUUGCGAAUCACACACCCGCCUCUGCGCCUGCUUCUGCGCCUGGCUCUGCGCCUGCCUCCGCGCCUGUCUCGGCGCACCCGGCCCCUGCGACUGGCGGCAACAGCAAACCCGUCACCAACACCGGCAGGCGCGGCAGCAGCAGCCGUCGCAUCCGACCCAGUAUCACGAGCCCGCUAGACUACGAACCGAUCUCCCGCCCGCACAUGGUGCACCACGUGGAUGUCAACCUCCCCUGGAACCACUCCCUCUGCGCCUGCUGCCUCUCGCGCAUCCUCCACCCCGCCACCCCCACCACCUACCAAACCUCAACCCCAAACGCCCUCCGCCUGCACCUGCAGCAGCCGGUGGAUGGGAGCAUCAAGCCGUGCCCAGCCAGCAACAACCGGCCGUCCCAAGCCAUCCUUGCAUAUUCCGCCACGGUUAGAGUGCAGAGCCUCUGGGCUACCAUGGGCCCGGGUGUGGGGCGCGGGGGGAGCGGGCGCACUGCGCUUGCCGCGGCUGCUGCUCGUGCUUCUAGGGUUGACAUUUCCUCAGGGCCUCCUGCCGUGCAGUUCAAGUGGAAAGCGGAUAUUGCGCCCAUGCCCGCGGCCGAGGGGAUGUUUCUCGAGUGGAUGGCAGAGCCACGUGUCGGGCUGCUGUUGGACCUGGAUGUGGUCAGAUCCCAGCUGGCAGAUAUGAUGAAAAUUCACGAUCUGGUAGCAGCAAGUGGUGGUGCUACAGCCGGUGGUGGUGCUACAGCCGGUGGUGGUGCUCCCAAGCACUUCUGGUGGUGCUGCUGGCAGUGCAGCGCGUGUUGGACCGCCUACCGCCGCUGCCUCUCUGUUGUCGUCUUCCUCGUGCUUGUAGCGAGGCUUCCUCGUAUAGUCACGCUCUGGCGCCUGCACAUGAAGUCCUGCUACGUGGCCUUCCCAGCUCUGGUGAAUCAGCUGAACGCGGGGAGGCAGAUCGGGGGGGUGGGGGGCAGGCAGGCGGAACGGCAGGCGAGUAGGCAGGCGGGGAAGGGGGGAGGGAGGCAGGUGGGUGGGGAAGCGGAGGAGGAUUGCUUUGGAUCGAUCCUGGUGCAGCUGCUUGGAGUGAAAGGGAAGAAGGAACUGGAGUCGGGCUUUGCUGCUCAUGUGCUGCCGCUGCUGCCAGGGGGAAGACGGGCGCACGGAGGUAUGAGAGGGGGGGCGGGGAGAGGAGGGGGAGUAGGAGGAGGGAUUGGCUGGGAGGAAGGGGGAGAGGAGUGGAGGGAGGGGUUGAGAGGGGUGGAGUGGGAUGAGUAUGUGGAGCGUGUGGGGAAGAUUAUCUCCCAUGGAGGGCUGGAGGCUGAACAGUACCGGUGCAGCUGCAGGCAGUGCGGAGAAAACGAGGAUGCAUGGGGGAGUGAGGAUGGGGGCAGCAGGCAUCAAGGCAAUGGCACGGCUGCUGCUAGUGGUGCUGGUACUGGUGCUGCUGGCAGUGGUGGUGCUGCUGGCAGUGGUGGUGGUCCCGGCAGUGGCAUGGUCAUAACUGGCGUUGACCCGACUGACUUUGCUCUCCGGGCCGCCCUGACGCUCUGUGUGCCGCGCGCUGCGGUCUAUGGCGUGCAGGCGUUUACCGAUGCAUGCAAUAACAGGUACAAGGAGCGCGUGGAGGACGCUGCUGUGGAGGCAGCCAGGCAACGGCUGGCAGAGAGGGCAGAAGGGGGAGAGGGGGCAGCAGGGCAGAAGCCGACAGAGGGGCAUGGAGAGCAGGAGGGUGGGGGGGAGAGGAACAGAGAGGAAGGCGAAAGGACAGGGGCGGGAGGAGCCGCAGCAGGAGCUGCUAGCACUACUGGUGGUGCCGGCACUACUGCUGCUAGCACUGCUGCUAAUUCUCGUCUCGUGCCAGUCAUAAGUGACCCAGCAGUGGCACUCUUCACGUACCGUGCCGCCUGCCUCCUUCAAUGGGUGCGAGUGUAUGGCCCCAGGCUCAACCCCCCCAGCUACUGCACCCGCACCAACCCGGAAGCCCCAGCCCUGGCGCUCCCGCACCCAGUGCAUGAGCUCCCGAGCCUCCUGGUCAGGUUCGGCGCCAUUCCCAAGCCUGUGGGCGCGGCAGGUGUGGAAGGCUCAGCCACUAGUUGUGUUCCGGGGUGGGAGGAAUUUCCAGCGGGGAACAGAGGGAUGCUGAAGGCGCAUGAACGUGCAUGUGGAGGCCCGGUUGGGGCAGGGGGGGAGGGGGCAGGGGGAGAGGGGGCAGGGGGAGAAGGGGGUGAGUUCUUGGGAUUGAAUACCUUUCAAACAGGCAGCUUCCGGGACUCUGUGUUCGACCGAGAUGAGAUGCUGAAAGAAUUCAACAUUGGAUCAGCCAAGAGUCUGCAGGAGAGGGGGAUUGCCACGAGCCCAGUAGGGGACGUGCAGGAGUAUGGAGCUGCCAAGGCUCUGAGUGACAGCAGCACACUCUCUCCCGCGUUCCCGACCCUCGCAGACCGGGUCGAGGAGUUUCUGAGAAGGUUCUCGCCGAAGCGGCAAGCGAAGGAGGGGCGCGGGGGGCCGCUGGCCCGAGCAAUCACCGACUGGGUGCUGCGACUCCAGCUGGUGGGGGCAGAGACUAGCAGCAGCGGUGGCAGCAGCAGCAGGGGGGCAGAAGGAGAGAGGAGGGAUAUGAGCUGGGCGGCGCUGGCCCUGGGGGCGUAUUCCCCGGCCAAGUUAAAGCCCAUGCUGAGAUCCGCUCAGGAGGUGGACGCUUUUGUGGAGUUUAUGGCCGUUACCCCCGCCGCCCUUGUUGCCUCGUUCGCCUUCCGCCCCUCCUCGGUGGUCCUGCGCUGCAUGCUCUCUCUCUACCGCCCACGCUCCCCUCAGGUGAGAGUCCUCCUAGGCCCUUCGAUGUAUCCUUCUCCUCUAUCCUUCUCCUCUAUCCUUCUCCUCUAUCCUUCUCCUCUAUCCUUCUCCUCUGUCCUUCUCCUCUAUCCUUCUCCUCUCUCCUUCUCCUCUCUCCUUCUCAUCUUUCAUUCUCCUCUCUCCUUCUCAUCUUUCAUUCUCCUCUCUCCUUCUCAUCCUUCAUUCUCCUCUCUCCUUCUCAUCUUUCAUUCUCCUCUCUCCUUCUCAUCCUUCAUUCUCCUCUCUCCUUCUCAUCUUUCAUUCUCCUCUCUCCUUCUCAUCCUUCAUUCUCCUCUCUCCUUCUCAUGUUUCAUUCUCCUCUCUCCUUCUCAUCCUUCAUUCUCCUCUCUCCUUCUCAUCUUUCAUUCUCCUCUCUCCUUCUCAUCCUUCAUUCUCCUCUCUCCUUCUCAUCUUUCAUUCUCCUCUCUCCUUCUCAUCCUUCAUUCUCCUCUCUCCUUCUCCUCUCUCCUUCUCCUCUCUCCUUCUCCUCCUUCAUUCUCCUCUCUCCUUCUCAUCCUUCAUUCUCCUCUCUCCUUCUCAUCCUUCAUUCUCCUCUCUCCUUCUCAUCUUUCACUCUCCUCUCUCCUUCUCAUCCUUCACUCUCCUCUCUCCUUCUCAUCUUUCAUUCUCCUCUCUCCUUCUCAUCCUUCAUUCUCCUCUCUCCUUCUCAUCCUUCAUUCUCCUCCCUCCUUCUCAUCCUUCAUUCUCCUCUCUCCUUCUCAUCCUUCAUUCUCCUCUCUCCUUCUCAUCUUUCAUUCUCCUCUCUCCUUCUCAUCCUUCAUUCUCCUCUCUCCUUCUCAUCUUUCAUUCUCCUCUCUCCUUCUCAUCCUUCAUUCUCCUCUCUCCUUCUCAUGUUUCAUUCUCCUCUCUCCUUCUCAUCCUUCAUUCUCCUCUCUCCUUCUCAUCUUUCAUUCUCCUCUCUCCUUCUCAUCCUUCAUUCUCCUCUCUCCUUCUCAUCUUUCAUUCUCCUCUCUCCUUCUCAUCCUUCAUUCUCCUCUCUCCUUCUCCUCUCUCCUUCUCCUCUCUCCUUCUCAUCCUUCAUUCUCCUCUCUCCUUCUCAUCCUUCAUUCUCCUCUCUCCUUCUCAUCCUUCAUUCUCCUCUCUCCUUCUCAUCUUUCACUCUCCUCUCUCCUUCUCAUCCUUCACUCUCCUCUCUCCUUCUCAUCUUUCAUUCUCCUCUCUCCUUCUCAUCCUUCAUUCUCCUCUUUCCUUCUCAUCCUUCAUUCUCCUCUCUCCUUCUCAUCCUUCAUUCUCCUCUCUCCUUCUCAUCCUUCAUUCUCCUCUCUCCUUCUCAUCUUUCAUUCUCCUCUCUCCUUCUCAUCCUUCAUUCUCCUCUCUCCUUCUCAUGUUUCAUUCUCCUCUCUCCUUCUCCUCUCUCCUUCUCCUCUCUCCUUCUCAUCUUUCAUUCUCCUCUCUCCUUCUCAUCCUUCAUUCUCCACUCUCCUUCUCAUCUUUCAUUCUCCUCUCUCCUUCUCAUCCUUCAUUCUCCUCUCUCCUUCUCAUCUUUCAUUCUCCUCUCUCCUUCUCAUCUUUCAUUCUCCUCUCUCCUUCUCAUCUUUCAUUCUCCUCUCUCCUUCUCAUCUUUCUUUCUCCUCUCUCCUUCUCAUCUUUCAUUCUCCUCUCUCCUUCUCAUCUUUCAUUCUCCUCUCUCCUUCUCAUCUUUCAUUCUCCUCUCUCCUCCUCAUCUUUCAUUCUCCUCUCUCCUUCUCAUCUUUCAUUCUCCUCUGUCCUUCUCAUCUUUCAUUCUCCUCUCUCCUUCUCAUCCUUCAUUCUCCUCUCUCCUUCUCAUCUUUCAUUCUCCUCUCUCCUUCUCAUCUUUCAUUCUCCUCUCUCCUUCUCAUCUUUCAUUCUCCUCUCUCCUUCUCAUCUUUCUUUCUCCUCUCUCCUUCUCAUCUUUCAUUCUCCUCUCCUCAUCUUUCAUUCUCCUCUCUCCUUCUCAUCUUUCCUUCUCCUCUCUCCUUCUCAUCUUUCAUUCUCCUCUCUCCUUCUCAUCUUUCUUUCUCCUCUCUCCUCAUCUUUCAUUCUCCUCUCUCCUUCUCAUCUUUCCUUCUCCUCUCUCCUUCUCAUCUUUCAUUCUCCUCUCUCCUCCUCAUCUUUCAUUCUCCUCUCUCCUUCUCAUCUUUCAUUCUCCUCUGUCCUUCUCAUCUUUCAUUCUCCUCUGUCCUUUCUCAUAUUUCCUUCUCCUCUCUCCUUCUCCUCUCGCCUUCUCCUCUUGCCUUCUCCUCUGUCCUUCUCCUCUGUCCUUCUCCUCUGUCCUCCCUCCACCGCCCACACUCACCCCUUCAGAUGAAAGAGCUCCUAGACACGCUCGGGAUCCCGCCCCUGCCGGACCUGGUCCCGGACCGCCUUGUGGCUUCUCUUCUUGAAGGCAUAGUUGAGCACAAGCGCCUGCACUUCCUCUACACACAAGGCACCUUGAGAAAAAUCAUGUUCUUCUGCCCGUCUGCUCUGUCCUUCUCCCUUCUCCCCCUCUCACCCUCCACCGCCCACAAACACCCCCCUCAGAUGAAAGAGCUUCUGGACACGCUCGGAAUCCCACCCGUCCCGGACCUCGUUCCAGACCGCCUCGUGGCUCCUCUUCUCGAAGGCGUGUUGGAGCACAAGCGCCUGCACUUCCUCUACUCUGCAUCCAUCCUUCUCUCCCGAGAGGGCGGCAUGAAGGAUAUCAUGGAGCUGACUAGAGGAGACGGGGUGGCGAGGAGUGAAGAGGAGUUGAGACAGGUGGAAUGGAACGGGUGGGAUGGGAAGGAGGAGUGGCUGGUGUGGGAGGAGGUGGACAGCUGGCGGAACGCGGCGUUUAGGGCGUGGCCUGUGGUGGAGCUGAUGUAUGAGGCGCCGCAUAGCUGGGCGGCAACUGGGGAGGAGGAGAGGGUGAGGGAUUGUUGUGCGGGGAUGAGGCGGAAGGAGAGGGAGUGUGAGGAGAUUAGUCGGGGGAAGGAGCGGGCUUUGGUGGAUAGAAUGGUUGCUGCUGCUGCUACUGCUGGUAGCGCUGGUAGCGCUGCUGCUGCUGCUGCUUCGGGAAGUGAGAGUGCAGUGGGAGGCGGGUUGAAAAUCGCGCCCGCGUACCUGGUGCCGUGGGUGGGGGGAGUGAACCCGUUUGCAUGCCUGCGGGAGAUGCUGCUGGGGGAGACGUGCUACUGGGAGCUCUCAGACGGGCGGAGGGUCGGGGUGACACCUGGGGCAGGCUCAUCUGCUGCUGCCCCUGCUGCGUCGGAUUCAAGAGCACCCGCAGGAGGAUCAGGAGGAGCAGGGGGGGUGCGUUGCUGUGCUUUCCCGGGGUGUGGCAGGGCGGAGAGGCCCGGGAGGCCGCCAUUGAAGGCGUGCUCCCGGUGCAACCAGGCUGCCUACUGCGACAGGGACUGCCAGAGGGCCCACUGGAAGGUGCAUAAGCUGCAGUGCCAGCCCAAGUGA